CGCAUGGAUUAGUGUGUUUACAACUCAUAUCAUCCCUGGUGCACCCGGCAUUACCCUGUCGUCCGAAAUAGAACCAUGCAAUUAGCAUUUUCAGGCUGGUGCAGGACAUAACGUACUAGGCUAUUUUAUAAUACAUGCCUGUUACUUUCUUUGGUAAGGUUAUUAUUGCGAACUAGCUGUGUGAUAGCCUAUCUGUCGCAGCGUCAGGCCACCCACCAUCUGUGGAAGUGGGACAAGGGAACAGAUGGCGCAUCCGAGCCGCCCUGCAGCGCUGCUGACGCUGACUGUUAGGACAGCACUGGAGAUGAGUAUCAGUCAAUAAAAUAAAAGGCUGUUGUUAGCUUUUGCACAUAAGGCCAGUAUUUUUUUGCAGGCAUGACAAUGUCAGAGUGACUUGGAUAAGAGUGAUUGACAGGAAGCAUUGCAGAUUGACCAAAUUGAUGCGCGACGACUCGACCACUGGCAUCAACUUAAUCCCAUUUGACGUGUCUCCAGCUCGGUGAACAAUGGUUGACAACCGCUACGCUACAGCUCUGGUCAUCGCCUGUGUGCUGAGCAUACUGGCCACCGUGUAUCUUUCGGUGGCCAUCGGGACGCAGCACUGGUACCAGUACAGCAGCCCCACCGUGCGCGGAGAGGCCAACGUGUCCGAGCUGCGCUCCCUGUAUGAGGAGUUCAUGGACGGGGAGUUUGAUGAGAAAACCUACAGCGACACCCUGUUCCGCCUCAACGGGACUGUGGGCCUCUGGUGGCGGUGUGUGCUCGUUCCUGCCAACGCACACUGGUACAAAGAGCCAGAUGUCAAGAUUAUGCUAGAGUGUCGAAGCUUCACUCUACAUCAGCAGUUCACUCCAAAGUAUAAAGAACCAGGCAACCACAACAGUGGAGAAGACAUGCUGCGCACAUACUUGUGGAGGUGCCAGUUUCUGCUGCCACUGGCGUCCUUGGGUCUGGUGGUGUUGGCAGCCCUGACUGGGUUUUGUGCCUGCCUCUGCCGAAGCCUCACCCCCACCCUCGGCAUAGGAGUACUUCACCUGCUGGCUGGCCUCUGCACCUUAGCCACAGUGUGCUGCUACCUGGCGGGAAUGGACCUGCUCCACAGGGUGUCGAUGCUGCCUGAUAAGGUGGAUGGCUCUCUGGGCUGGUCCCUCUACCUGGCUCUCAUUUCCUCCCCGCUCCACAUGAUGGCCGCCGCGCUGCUGGUGUGGGCAGCACGCAGCCACAGUCAGAACUACUACCGUAUGACUGCCUACCGGGUGGCGUAGACUGAGAUUCAGCUCUGGAUCUUUGCCCUGUUUAAAUUCAUACCCCACUCUGUCACCAAGAUGCAUUUUAUAAUGUUCGCAGAGAAAUGUGAUGUGGGUUAAUCUGUGCGUUUUGCCCUCUGAUGGAUUAAAGUGCAUGUACUAUAUAGUAAUGAUGACCCUGUCUGCUGCGUUAAAGGACUAGAUUUUUAUCUCUCUACGGGUUAUAGGAAUUGGUUUGCAAAAGGUCAACCAGAAAGAUGUCUAUAGUAGAACAUAUGUUUGCUUCAGAGUAACUUAACACCAAGCUGUAAAGCAUUAGCUCUGUCCCAGUUUCAUAUUACACAUUAAGUAAUUCCAGGUUCUGAAUAAGAAGUGCACUCACAUUGAAAAAGUAUAAAGAAACAAAGUAAUUGCUGACAUUUAGGAAUGCAGAAACAUCAUUAAAAAAUAAAUUGGACAGGAAAAAGUCAAAGGAGUAGUCAACAUGAUCAGACAAGAUUUAAACAAAUCCUUAGAUAAGAUAAUAUAUACCAGCAUUUCAUAUGUUCUCUUAUCUGCAGCUAGUUUCUUGCCCUGUCAAAUUUGAUUAUAGGGAAGUUGCUGUGUUCCCAUUGUUCCUAAUACAAAAUUAUAAGAGCAGAAGCAUUAUAAGAUCAGUUCAGAAACACAAUGUUGUCUAUUUAAAGGCAUUUGUGUUUUGGAGUUUCAUCAAUCUAAUACAAAUUAACCCAAAUUGUAAUAGGAAUUAUCAUUAAAGUAUGCAGGUUUUAGUAUGCUUACUAAAUUUGCUGGAUUCCUAAGACUGUUGUUGACUAUGAACUACGAUGUAAUGUACAAAGCAAAACGAAGCAGAUACUCACAACUGGAUAAAAUGUAUUCAAAUUGUGGACACCUGGGGUGUAUAAAAUAUUUUAAAACAACUCUUUAACUGGCAGGUGUGUUUGAAAGUUGCAGAUUAAUUUGAUGCUUAGAGAUUAUUACAUAUACAGUUCGCACAUAAAAAAAAAGGUUUGUGGUAUGGCAUUGGUACACACCUUUUGUUUUACUGACCUCUUUUAUUCCACCUCUUAUCACACCCAGAAUCACAGUUUCGUGUGGUGACACCUAGUUACAUUUAUAAAAACACAGCUGACGUUGGUGUACUGGCACUGAAGCAAGACAAAAACCGCAAAGGCAUUCAUAAUAUGUUUAUUUUGACAGGUUUGCUGUUGUGCAAUAAGUCUUUUACUUUAGCUGCUUCAAAACACAGACUGGGACAGUGGGCAUCAAUGAUUGAGAGUGACAAUGAAUAUUAUGUAUAUACGUUUGUGUUCUUACAAAAAAGAUUGACGUUCCUUUUUUUUUAACUUAAGUGACAUUUAUUUAUUCAUGGCCGUUAUUAGGGUCAGAUUGUGUUUGUUUUACAUUUCUUUACCCACUGAAUUGUUUUCUUUACUAUUUUUCAAGCAUUACUAACGUUUUGACUGAUUUCUUUUUUAGGCUUUUGUAGAAAAUAUCAAAAAGUUAUGCUUUAAACAUUGUCGUGGUUUUUAACCAUUUCUUGUUUAGUUUAGUUGCCCUUACAUGCUCAUAUACAUUGGUUUGAUUUUGUAAAUAUAGUUGUGUUUGUUAUUAUUUAUUUUUACUCAUAUUUGUUCAUUUAUUUUUUAUUCAGUUGUUACAACCAUUUCAAUUCAACAGGAAUGAAUGGAAACAGUGUUUCCCUGUUAGGCAUUAUGAAUGUAAAUUAAAGGCCAUAUUGUGGUAAUCUACAGUGUUCCUUUGCACUUAAAUUAUUUUGAACAUAUCCUGAAUAUUGCUGUAUUGGUCCAUAGUGAAUUUCUAUUUCUAUUUUUUGAAGAUGUGUCCCAAAACAAAAUCAAUUUAGAAAAGAAUAGUACCCUAAAAACUAUGCUAUACAUUUGCAGACAUGUAUAAAUUACCACCAGUCUCAAUAAAACUAAAGAAUGUCUGUGAAAUGAUGCACUGUAUGUGGUCUGAUGGGUCUUAUGGUAAAUUAGAUUGUAUUUUGCAUAUUCAGCCUUUUAAGUCAAGAAAUCGUUCUAUCCCAGAAUCCACUGUAGCGUAAAUAUAACAGCAAAUGUCCAUGUAUGACUGCUUUUGUGAAUCUACAGUGAUGUUCACUCUCUUGAUAAAUGUACACCUAAAUAUUGUGUGUGAGUGUA